UCUCCCGAACUGCGCGAUCAGUAUACUGAGACCAUUGACUCAAUAUUGGCUAAGAGCGAUCUCAAUACCAUCUCUGAGAAGCGGAUCCGCAAGGGUCUCCAAGAUGUUGUUGGUUAUGAUCUCACGCCGCAGAAGGCUGCCAUAAAACAGCUUAUCAUGGAACGAUUUGAUAUCCAUGCCGAGAAGAACGGAGUGGGCGAAUCCCCCGAUGAGCCCGUCAGCAAUGGGCCAAAGGACAGCGAUUCCCCCUCAGUAGUCCCAUCUCCGCGCCCAUCUUCCUCCCCCGUGAAACACCAAGCCAGUGAAGAAGCUUCUGACCUGCAUAUCGCAUCUCCGCCUCAUAAAAAACGCAAACAGGAGGCCGAUGUCGAUAUCGACGCCGAUGCCAUGUUCGCGGCCAAGCUACAAGCGGAGGAGAAUAUGCGCGCACGGCCAACCCGAGGCGGAAACACAAGGCGCACCGCGCCAAGUAAAAAGAAAAGCAAGGCCAAGACUUCCAAACGGGUCAAGGCCGAGGAUGAUUCGGAUAUUGAAUCGGGCUCGGAUACUAAGAAGGAAGUCAAUCGAACUGGCGGGUUUCAUAAACCACUCAAUCUCUCCCCCUCUCUAUCAGCACUUUUAGGAGGCCAAGUCACUCUUUCACGACCACAAACGGUCAAGAAGGUCUGGGAGUAUAUUCGAGAAAAUGAACUUCAAGACCCUAGUGACCGGCGACAGAUUCGAUGCGACGACCCCAUGCGUGCGGUCUUUAAACAGGAUCGUAUCCAUAUGUUUACCAUGACCAAGAUUCUCAAUCAGAAUCUGUAUAAUCCGGAUGAAUAG